UGUGGUGGUGAAUGACGAUUUCUAUAUUCCCUCCAUCAUUUCCCCUUCUUUUAUUGCGUGAUUCCAUUUCCCAUUCUUCCUUCUUUUUAUACCCCCACCCCUAAACUCCAUACUAUCUACGCUGCGAUCGCCUGCAACUGCAACCUCACUUUUGCUUGCUUCGUAGGUAGCUCACACUGCACCAUUUUCAGCACGAUCCAGCGUCAAACUUAGGCCGCUACCUGUUGGCUUAUUAUGGGUAACACCAAUAACGGUCCCGAGGAAAGCACUGAUCUUGGUGCAGUGUUGCGAAAUGGAAGAGAAAUCCUUUUGCAGGGUUUUAACUGGGAGUCUCACAAAUAUGACUGGUGGAGAAACUUAGAAAGGAAAGUUCCUGACAUUGCAAAAUCUGGGUUUACAUCUGUAUGGUUGCCACCAGCAUCUAACUCCUUUUCACCUGAAGGGUACCUUCCCCAAAACCUUUAUUCACUCAACUCUUCAUAUGGGUCUGAGCAGUUGUUGAAAGCAUUACUCCAAAAACUAAAGCAGUACAAAGUUAGACCAAUGGCUGACAUAGUAAUCAAUCAUCGUAUUGGAACUACUAAAGGACAUGGAGGAAUGUAUAACCGUUAUGAUGGAAUUCCACUUGCGUGGAAUGAACAUGCUGUCACAUCUUGUACUGGCGGACUGGGUAACAAAAGCACUGGAGACAACUUCCAUGGGGUUCCAAAUAUUGAUCACAGCCAACAUUUUGUUCGUAAGGACAUCAUAGGGUGGCUGAAGUGGUUACGUAGUGUUGGCUUCCAAGAUUUUCGCUUUGAUUUUGCAAGGGGGUACUCAGCAAAAUAUGUCAAAGAAUACAUUGAAGGAGCAAAGCCUAUAUUUUCUGUCGGAGAAUAUUGGGAUUCUUGCAACUAUAAUGGACAUGGAUUAGACUAUAACCAAGAUAGCCAUAGACAAAGGAUCGUUAAUUGGAUUGAUGCCACGGGACAGCUCUCGGCUGCAUUUGACUUCACAACCAAGGGAAUUCUUCAGGAAGCUGUAAAAGGGCAGUUCUGGCGUCUGCGUGACCCUCAAGGAAAGCCACCAGGUGUAAUGGGGUGGUGGCCCUCAAGGGCUGUCACAUUUAUCGAUAACCAUGACACAGGCUCAACACAGGCUCAUUGGCCUUUCCCCUCAAAUCAUAUUAUGGAGGGUUAUGCAUACAUACUUACACAUCCAGGAAUACCAACAGUUUUUUACGACCACUUUUAUGACUGGGGCAAUUCCAUUCACGAACAAAUUGUUAAAUUGAUGGACAUUCGAAGGCGUCAAGAUAUUCACAGCCGGUCAUCUGUCAGAAUUCUGGAGUCCCAACACAACCUGUAUUCUGCAAUUAUUGCAGAAAAAGUAUGCAUGAAGAUUGGGGAUGGUUCAUGGUGUCCAACUGGCAGAGAGUGGGCACUUGCAACCAGCGGACAUAGAUAUGCAGUGUGGCAAAAGCAAUGAUUCGUCAACCUUAUUUCCUUCCUUUCAUUGUUAAAUCCCUUUGGUAAUGGGGAAUAGGUGCAAGGCAUCCCACUAUAGCAAUCAAGCAUGAUGGCUACUACUUACUUUUUACAUUAAAUAAAGCCAUUCCAUCUCCAAAUCUGCGUUGGAAAGUAUUAUCGGUGAUCCUUAAUUUGUAUGUCCCCGAUAAUUAGUGACUGCAUUUACCAUCAAUAAAAUUAUAGAGCAUCUUUAACUUGUGUUA